AUGACCUCCUACGAGUAUCCCGAUUUUCUCAAAAAGGAUUACCUAGAGUACUGGGUAAAAGAGUACAGUAUGAAAUUCAAAAGAGAGACUGAAGAAGAGGGCGGCAAAUGGUUUCUCGAAGUCGGAAUUGCCGACAAAUUGAUUUCGGCAGAAGGAGAUAUUGUCCUGGUCAAUCAUGAGUUUUGGAAUAGACGGAAAGGGGAAGAUUAUCCAGCAACAAUUAAAAUUACGGCUUUUGACCCGGAGCUGUUUACGAAGGACAAUAUUUUGGAUGAUGAGACAGACGAGCACAAUUACAAUUUUAAAGUCAUCACUGCUCUCGAAAAAGAUAAAUUCAAAAGAACCGGUCCGAAUCACUUGGUGGACAUCGAAAUCUACUGGUUCGAUGACAAGGAUAUGGCAAAAGCAAAACUUGGAGUGAUGAGCAUUCACAAAGAUACUGUUCCAAGAUGA